AUGGAGGACAUAGAGCUGUCCCCGACACUGAUCACGUACAAUUCUGUUCUGAGCGCCUGUGGGGGUGAAGAGGGGUGGCCACAGGCUCUGGUUCUUCUGGAUCGGUUGAGCACUGGGGCAUUUCAUCCCGAUAACUUUUCUUUCAACUCAGCCAUCACUGCCUGCAAGCAGGGUUCGGAAUGGGGCCGUGCCUUGUUAUUGUUUGACAUGGCUCUGGAUCGACAACAGGGCACGCUGAUCACAUUCAAUGCAGGCAUAGCUGCCUGCGCGAAGGCUCGACAGUGGAUGAGGGCUCUGAGCAUACUGCACAAAGUCCAGCAAUCGAAUCUGACGCCGACGAUCGUUACGCUCAACUCGGCCAUAAGUGCUUGUGAGGCAGCUGGGCAGUGGCAACAGGCUCUGUGCCUGCUGAGUAGCGCCACAGCUACAAGCCUUCAGCCAGGCGUCGUGACUUUCAGCACGGCGAUCAGUGCAUGUGCAGCAGUUGCCGCAUGGACGCGGGCGGUGGCCGUGCUUGACGCUCUCCAUCAUGCAAGGCUUCAGUCGAACAUUGUCACACUUAAUUCGCUGAUCACCGCCUUCUCGCAGGCUGAGAAGUGGCAGCAUUCCCUGGUGGUCCUUGCACGUAUCUGUUCACAUAUGAUGAGACCAGACACAAUCACAUGCAACUCGGCCAUCAGUGCAUGUGAGAAGGGAAACGCCUGGGAGGUUGCUCUUGUUCUGCUGCAGGAGGCCGAUGCUUUGCACGUACAGCCGGACGUUUCCACCUACAAUGCGACAAUCAGCGCCUGCGAGAAAGGCUCUCGCUGGCUGAUUGCCGUACGGCUUCUGCUGGCCUCCCAGGGCGCCGUUUGCCCGGAUGUGGUGACGUACAAUGCCGCCAUCAGCGCCUGCGCGAAGGUCGGCCACGUUGGCUGUGCCCUUAAGCUGUUGGGAGAGGUGGAGGCGGCUCGGCUGCGCACCACGACCAUCACGUACAACGCCGCGAUCAGCGCCUUUGCAAAGGCAGGGCACUGGCCCAAGGCCGUGGCACUUCUGUGCGAGGCUGUGGCGAAACGUCUGGAGCCCAACAGCAUCACAUACAGCACCGCCCUCAGCGCCUUCGAGAAUGCCGGGGAGUGGGAGCGGGCCCUUCUACUCGUAUGGUCGCUACCUCCAACUCUGAUCAACAUCAUCUGCUACAAUGCGGCCUUGAGCGCUUGUGAGAAGGGCGGGCAGUGGCAGCAGGCUCUGGGUGUCCUGUCCGCGCUGGAAGCGAGGGCCUUAGAUCCCACGAAAGUUACGCUGAACGCAGCCAUCAGCGCCUGCGGGCGUGGGGAUCAGUGGCAGAGGGCCUUUCUGAUACUGGGCCACUUCAGUGAAGCCGGCCUGUGGCCAGAUGCCUUCACAUACAGCGCGCUUCUCGCCGCCUGCGAGAAGGCCUCGAGGUGGCAGCAAGCUUUGCAGUUGCUAGGCAAGGUCGAGGCCAGCGGCGUUUUGCCCUCGGUUGUCAUCUACAAUGCAGCCCUCGGAUCUUGCGAGCAGGGCAGCCAAUGGGAGCUGGCCAUGCUUCUGCUGGACCAAGUAGGCCGGCAUCGCCUGCAAGCCACCUCCAUCACACUCGACGUGGUCCUGGGCGCCUUCCAGCGGGCCGCGCAGUGGCAGCACGCCCUUUGCCUGCUGGACUCCAUGGGCCGCCGAUCCCUGGCCGACGCCGCCAACGUGGACGCCGUGGCCUGCGCUUGCGAGGCGAGGCGUCGGCCCAGGCCGGCCCCGGCCCUGCUUGGGCAGGCGGCGGAGCAGCUGCAGGAGCUCCUGGCAGCCGAAGGCUCCAAGGAAGCCUACGAAACAAUUCUGAAUCCCUACCAUGAUUGA